AUGUGUGACUAUGAAACAGUGAAAACCUGUUUCUCUUGGGUGGUUUGUGAGCUGACUCAAAGUACCGUAGGUAGUGGGGGACAGGACUCAGAGGGGGAGAAACAGAAUGUCGCCUUCCUCCAUGGUGCAUUUGCAUUUCCAGCCAGAAACUCACAUGUCGACCCCAAGACUCCACUCUCUCCCGCCUUUGAGAAGCGGGACCGGUAUCGGCGGCUGCAUCCUUCUCCUCCUCCCCGCUCUAUUUUGGGGCCCCAUGAUCUCAUGCCCUCUGCAGACCACACGCUGCAAUUCCAGUCCAGCCCGCGCCGUGAGGCCACGCAGGGUGAUUCCUGCAAGUGUCGGGAGGGUGGCCGGGGCGCGGGGAGGGGACGGCUUGGGGGAAAGUUCAAGACACGCCCACGUAAGGGACCCAAAAUAACCGACACGCAGAGUGCCCGAAAUCAGACAGGAAGCCAAAUAAUCCGGGGCGUUGAGUCGCUUUACCCUGACUGCGAGAACCUGGUGCAGGGCGGCGGCGCCCAGCUCCUGCACUCGCAGCGCAGUCAGCACCGGGCCCCGGAGAGAGGCGUGACCCGGGAGUGCUUCUUCGCCCGCGCGCUCUCCUCCGCAGCCUUUACAAGUGCCCUACACCGCCGCCUCUGCCCGGUAUUGUCAGUAUGUGUGUUAACAACAAUACUUGGUUGUAUAUUUGGGUUGAAACCAAGCUGUGCCAAAGAAGUUAAAAGUUGCAAAGGUCGCUGUUUUGAGAGAACAUUUGGGAACUGUCGCUGUGAUGCUGCCUGUGUGGAGCUUGGAAACUGCUGUUUAGAUUACCAGGAGACAUGUAUAGAACCAGAACAUAUAUGGACUUGCAACAAAUUCAGGUGUGGUGAGAAAAGGUUGACCAGAAGCCUCUGUGCCUGUUCAGAUGACUGCAAGGACCAGGGCGACUGCUGCAUCAACUACAGUUCUGUGUGUCAAGGUGAGAAAAGUUGGGUAGAAGAACCAUGUGAGAGCAUUAAUGAGCCACAGUGCCCAGCAGGGUUUGAAACGCCUCCUACCCUCUUAUUUUCUUUGGAUGGAUUCAGGGCAGAAUAUUUACACACUUGGGGUGGACUUCUUCCUGUUAUUAGCAAACUAAAAAAAUGUGGAACGUAUACUAAAAACAUGAGACCGGUAUAUCCAACAAAAACUUUCCCCAAUCACUACAGCAUUGUCACCGGGUUGUAUCCAGAAUCUCAUGGCAUAAUUGACAAUAAAAUGUAUGAUCCCAAAAUGAAUGCUUCGUUUUCACUUAAAAGUAAAGAGAAAUUUAAUCCUGAGUGGUACAAAGGAGAACCAAUUUGGGUCACAGCUAAGUAUCAAGGCCUCAAGUCUGGCACGUUUUUCUGGCCAGGAUCAGAUGUGGAAAUUAAUGGAAUUUUCCCAGACAUCUAUAAAAUGUAUAAUGGUUCAGUACCAUUUGAAGAAAGGAUUUUGGCUGUUCUUCAGUGGCUACAGCUUCCUAAAGAUGAAAGACCACACUUUUACACUCUGUAUUUAGAAGAACCAGAUUCUUCAGGUCAUUCAUAUGGACCCGUCAGCAGUGAAGUCAUCAAAGCCUUGCAGAGGGUUGACAAUAUGGUUGGUAUGCUGAUGGAUGGUCUGAAAGAGCUGAACUUGCACAGAUGCCUGAACCUCAUCCUUGUUUCGGAUCAUGGCAUGGAACAAGGCAGUUGUAAGAAAUACAUAUAUCUGAAUAAAUAUUUGGGGGAUGUUAAAAAUAUUAAAGUUAUCUAUGGACCUGCAGCUCGACUGAGACCCUCUGAUGUCCCAGAUAAAUACUAUUCAUUUAACUAUGAAGGCAUUGCCCGAAAUCUUUCUUGCCGGGAACCAAACCAACACUUCAAACCUUACCUGAAACAUUUCUUACCUAAGCGUUUGCACUUUGCUAAGAGUGAUAGAAUUGAGCCCUUGACAUUCUAUUUGGACCCUCAGUGGCAACUUGCAUUGAAUCCCUCAGAACGGAAAUAUUGUGGAAGUGGAUUUCAUGGCUCUGACAAUAUAUUUUCAAAUAUGCAAGCCCUCUUUGUUGGCUAUGGACCUGGAUUCAAGCAUGGCAUUGAGGUUGACACCUUUGAAAACAUUGAAGUCUAUAACUUAAUGUGUGAUUUACUGAAUUUAACACCGGCUCCUAAUAACGGAACUCAUGGAAGUCUUAACCACCUUCUAAAGAAUCCCGUUUACACACCAAAGCAUCCCAAAGAGGUGCACCCCCUGAUACAGUGCCCCUUCACAAGAAACCCCAGAGAUAACCUUGGCUGCUCAUGUAACCCUUCGAUUUUGCCAAUUGAGGAUUUUCAGACACAGUUUAAUCUGACCAUGGCAGAAGAGAAGAAUAUUAAGCAUGAAACUUUACCCUAUGGAAGACCCAGAGUUCUCCAGAAGAAAAACACCAUCUGUCUUCUCUCCCAGCACCAGUUUAUGAGUGGAUACAGCCAAGACAUCUUAAUGCCGCUUUGGACAUCCUAUACCAUGGACAGAAAUGACAGUUUCUCUACGGAAGACUUUUCCAACUGUCUGUACCAGGACUUUAGAAUUUCUCUUAGUCCUGUCCAUAAAUGUUCAUUUUAUAAAAAUAACACCAAAGUGAGUUACGGGUUCCUCUCCCCACCACAACUAAAUAAAAAUUCACGUGGAAUAUAUUCUGAAGCUUUACUUACUACAAAUAUAGUGCCAAUGUACCAGAGUUUUCAAGUUAUAUGGCGCUACUUUCAUGACACCCUACUGCGAAAGUAUGCUGAAGAAAGAAAUGGUGUCAAUGUUGUCAGUGGUCCUGUGUUUGACUUUGAUUAUGAUGGACGUUAUGAUUCCUUAGAGAUUCUGAGGCAAAAAAGAAGAGUCAUCCGUAAUCAAGAAAUUUUGAUUCCAACUCACUUCUUUAUUGUGCUAACAAGCUGUAAAGAUGCAUCUCAGACUCCUUUGCACUGUGAAAACUUAGACACCUUAGCUUUCAUUUUGCCUCACAGGACUGAUAACAGUGAGAGCUGUGUUCAUGGGAAGCAUGAAUCCUCAUGGGUUGAAGAAUUGUUAAUGUUACACAGAGCACGGAUCACAGAUGUUGAGCACAUCACUGGACUCAGCUUCUAUCAACAAAGAAAGGAGCCAGUUUCAGACAUUUUAAAGUUGAAAACACAUUUGCCAACCUUUAGCCAAGAAGACUGAUAUAUUUUUUUAUCCCCAAACACCAUAAAUCUUUUUGAGAGAACCUUAUAUUUUAUAUAGUCCUCUAUCUACACUAUCGCAUUGUUCAGAAACUGACGACCAGAGUUAGAAUGGAGCCCUUGGUGAUGCGGACAUCUCAGGGAAACUUGCGUACUCAGCACAGCAGUGGGAGGGUGUUCCUGUUGAAUCUUGCACGUAUUUGGAUGUGUAAGCAUCAUAUACAUUGAUCAAGUUUGGGGGAUAAAGACAGACCACACCUAAAACUGCCUUUCUGCUUCUCUUAAGGGAGAAGUAGCUGUGAACAUUGUCUGGAUACCAGAUAUUUGAAUCUUACUAUAUAAACCUUGAUGGCAUUGAGCAAACAGUAGACUUAGUAGGAUUGGGGUAGCCCAUGUUAUGUGACUAUCUUUACGAGAAUUUUAAAGCAGUUCUGGAUUUCUUUUAAGUUGGAGUUUCAUUUCUUUUCAUUUUAAUCAAAAAAAAAAUUAACAGAAGCCAAAAUACUUCUGAGAUCUUGUUUCAGUCUUUGGUGUAUAUCCCCUCAAAAGCCAAAUUGUUAAUCUUGUGUGUGUUUUUUUUUUAAAUUUUUUGAUUGGAUUUCUUUAGAUUUAAUGGUUCAAACAAGUUCAACUUUGAGGGAUGAUCUUUGAACAUACUUACCUAUUACAAAAUCUUA